CCACAAGAAGAAGAAGAAGAACAGCUCGCUAGUCAUUUGCUGACCCGUGUUUGAGUGAGAGAGAGGAGGAAGACUGGCUUGCGUUAAGAGCUGACGAAGACGGACAGAUAACAAUACAGAAUACUUGGUCAUAUCUAUUCCCUCUCUGCUUUUGAGUUGCGCCGGUCGCUAAAAGUUCCCGUUUUGGAAGCCGUCCAAAAUGGGGUUCCGCAAAAAGACCAACAAGAACCCGCCGGUGUUGAGCCACGAGUUUAUCAUCCAGAACCAUGCAGAUAUUGUUUCCUGUGUUGCUAUGGUGUUCCUCCUCGGGUUGAUGUUUGAGGUCACCUCAAAGGUUGCAGUGCUGUUCAUCACUGUCCAAUACAACGUUACCAUCUCUGCAAAUGGCCUAUCAGAGGAGAGCGUGGUGAACCACUUCCACCACGGGCUUAAGGAUCUGGCUACGGUCUUCUUCUACAUGCUGGUGGCCAUCAUCAUCCACGCUAUCAUCCAGGAGUAUGUACUGGACAAAAUCAACCGAAAGAUGCACUUCUCUAAGACCAAGCACAGCAAGUUCAACGAGUCAGGCCAGCUCUCUGCCUUCUACCUGUUCUCCUUCGGGUGGGGAACCAGCAUCCUCAUGUCUGAGAACUUCCUGUCCAACCCAGUGAGUCUGUGGGAUGGAUACCCCCAUACCCUGAUGCCGUUCCAGAUGAAAUUCUAUUUUAUCAGCCAGAUGGGCUACUGGCUUCACGCUCUGCCUGAGAUCUACUUCCAGAAGACCAAGAAGGAGGAUAUUCCCCGACAGUUGGUGUAUAUCUCUCUGUACUUAGUUCACAUCGCAGGAGCAUACAUUCUCAAUCUGAAUCGUCUGGCUCUGGUCCUGCUGGUGCUGCACUGCUUCGUAGAGCUUCUCUUCCACGUGUCCCGCCUGGUCUACUUCAGCAACGAGAAGAGACAGACUGGGUUCUCCAUCUGGGCAGUGCUGUUUGUCCUUGGACGGCUGCUCACCCUGUCCCUGUCUGUCCUGACUGUGGGCUUCGGCCUGUCCAACGCUGAUCAACAGGGACUGGACCUGGCUAACGGGAACUUCAAUGUGCUCAUAGUUCGGAUCACUGUGCUGGCUACCAUCUGUGUGACUCAAGCCUUCAUGAUGUGGAAAUUCAUCAACUUCCAGCUGAGGAGGUGGAGAGAGCAGGCCCAGGUCCAGCCCGUGAAACCCAAGAAGCCCCAAGCUCCCAAGACCAAGUCCAAGAAAGACAAAGCCAAUGGAGUGAACGGAGUGAGUUCCAACGGAGCCGAUUCGCCGAGAGCAAAGAAAGAGAAGUCUUCGUAAACUACCCCCUCCCCCCACUCCCUUCUCAGUUCCUCCAACCAAUCCCCUUCAGGCAGCAUCCAGCCUUCUCAUUCCACUGCUCUGUAUGCUGUCUAUGGCCCAAUCCCAAAUCCAUCCCUAGACCCUUGUAGAGAUCUAAGAGGAAAUUAUUGAUUCAAGCAAUAUGGUGAAACUUCCACCUAGAAUAUCAGAGAGCCGAGUUGUACUAAGCCCAUAUUGAUUACACCUGUCAUAUCAUCUCAGAUUCCCUCGAGGGGGUUUAAUUUGGGACUGUUCAUCUACAACAGCUACUAAAGGAGGACAACUCCUUCCAACAGGACUACAAGAUCCAGAAUGCAUCUUGGCUUCAUCCGCUUGUUGCCAAUCUCCAGUGCUGACCAUUCCCAGAAUCAUUGUGACACUGCUGUGUCAUUAUUACAGCGAAA